AUGGUGAAGCCAGAGAGGAGAAUCUCGCAGAUUACUGGAGAAGACAUUGGUGUUAGGUUGGAAAAGGGUGUCAAAGACUAUGGGCAGGCUGAACUUUUCAAUUCUACAGGAUACAGAGAAGAAGAAGAUGCUGAUAAGAAGGAAUAUGAGAUAGAUAUUGACCAAAUUAAAAAGUCAAUAGAAAUAAAAGAAGAAGGUGAAAGUAGGAAAGGGGGAAAGUACUUGGAAAGGGUCACACAGGGCAACAUGGUCACUGCUGCUAUUCAUGUGCACGCGCAGGUGGCCAUGCCAACCCCACUAUUUGAUGCAAAUUUUCUGAAGAGGGGGUUUACACUUCAGGCUAGGUUUUCCAAGGAAGAGAAAAUAAUAUGA